GUGAAAUUUUCUAAAUUUUGAAUUAAAUCUAAAUAUGGGUAAACCUGGAUUCUCACCAAGAGGAGGUGGUGGUGGCCGUGGAGGUUUCGGAGGCGGUGGACGUGGUGGUGGCGGUGGCCGUGGAGGUUUUGGAGGAGGUGGACGUGGUGGUGGCGGCGGUGGCCGUGGAGGUGGUGGUGGCCGUGGAGGUUUCGGCGGACGUGGAGGAGGUGGUGGUGGCCGCGGAGGUGGCGGUCGUGGAGGAUUUGGAGGUCGCGGUGGUGGCGGCCGAGGAGGUGGAGCUGGACGUGGCCGUGGAGGCGGUGGUGGUGGCUUCAAAGGUGGCAAAACUGUUGUCAUCGAACCCCAUCGUCAUGAGGGUAUCUUCAUUGCCCGUGGCAAAGAAGAUGCGUUGGUUACACGCAACUUUGUACCUGGUUCCGAAGUCUACGGUGAGAAACGUAUCUCCGUCGAAACAAAUGGCGAGAAAGUCGAAUACAGAGUCUGGAAUCCUUUCCGUUCCAAGUUGGCUGCUGCCGUCUUGGGUGGUGUUGACAAAAUUCACAUGCCUCCUGGCUCUAAGGUAUUGUACUUGGGUGCUGCUUCUGGUACAACUGUAUCACACGUUUCCGAUAUUGUCGGCCCCGAGGGUCUUGUAUAUGCUGUAGAAUUCUCACAUCGUUCUGGUCGUGAUCUGAUAAAUGUAGCCAAAAAACGUACCAACAUCAUCCCCAUCAUUGAAGAUGCCCGUCAUCCACACAAAUACAGAAUGCUGGUCGGUAUGGUCGAUACCAUCUUCGCCGAUGUAGCCCAACCUGAUCAGGGUCGUAUUGUUGCCCUGAAUGCCCAACAUUUCCUUAAGAAUGGCGGUCACUUCGUCAUCUCCAUUAAGGCUUCCUGUAUCGAUUCCACCGCCCAACCUGAGGCUGUGUUUGCUGCCGAAGUCAAGAAAAUGCAGGCGGACAAAUUGAAACCACAAGAACAGAUUACCUUGGAACCCUAUGAACGUGAUCACGCCGUUGUGGUCGGUGUAUACAGACCGCCAGCAAAGGGUGCCGAUUCAUAAGCAUUUAGAUAUUUU